AUCUGACUUUUAGGUUUGUUUCUUGCAUUUCCUUUGGGCGCCGACAGAGAGAGAACGAGAGAUUCAUCUUCACAGGCUUACACACACAACUUCAGUUCUUCCUGCUUCCGUCUUGCCCCUUCGCUUCUUCGUCUUCAUCACACCCUCUUAGCAAUCUUCGACUAUCGUGCCUCUCUCUAGCAAUCGAAUGACCCACUGGAGUCUGUAAUUGUCGGCCAUCGUGCUUCUCGCGUCUCGCCGUCACCCUCUGCCGCUUGCUUCAGUCCGUAUGUCGCCGUCCUCCUGCCGACGACCUAAUUUCAGAUCCACCACUCCAUAUCCGGAAUCCCUGGACACACCGGAAACUCAACAUGAGUCUCAAAGUGACCAAAAUAAUAAUGGAACAGAAACUCCUGUCCCUGACUCUGGUUCGGUUUCCAUCUCCAGCAAUGACAACAGAAAAGUUUCCAGGGAGGAUAUUGAACUUGUUCAAAACUUGAUAGAACGCUGUUUGCAAUUGUAUAUGAAUAGGGAUGAGGUGGUAAAAACUCUAUUAAAUCGUGCACGGAUAGAUCCUGGUUUUACUACUCUUGUUUGGCAGAAGUUAGAAGAAGAGAAUGCAGAUUUUUUCAGAGCCUACUACAUAAGGUUAAAAUUGAAGAAGCAGAUCAUCCUUUUCAAUCAUUUACUCGAGCAUCAAUAUCACCUUAUGAAGUACCCAAUGCCUCCAAAGCUACCUGUGGGUCCCAUACACAAUGGGGUACAUCCCAUGCCAGUUAACAACUUACCCAUGGGAUACCCAGUUCUACAGCAACCUCCAAUGGGGACUCCAGGUCAGCCUCAUAUGGAUUCCAUGGGUAUGUCUAGCUGUCAUGUGGUCAAUGGAGUCCCUGCUCCCAGUAACUUUCAUCCCAUACGAAUGAACUCUGGAAAUGAGAGUAUGGUAAUGGAUGGCAAUGCAGGUGGAGGUGGUGGUGGUGUAACUCCAAUUCCGGCUAAUGGGGCGAUUUCACCUAUGUCAGAUAUGCCUAUAAGUCCUACGUCAGUGGCAUCCAGUGGUCAUUUUCCCUUCACUGCAUCCGAACUAUCAGGAAUGGGAGUUGACACGUCAGCACUUGACACAGCGUUUACAUCUGACGUGGCAAGUUCUGUUGGAUUGCAUCUACCACAAGAUAAUGGAAAUUCUAGAUCUUUUGGUCAGAUUCCAUGGAAUUUCAGCCUUUCAGAUCUAACAGCAGACUUGUCGAACCUAGGAGAUCUAGGGGCUCUUGGAAACUAUCCUGGUUCACCCUUUCUGCCUUCUGAUUCAGAUAUAUUGCUUGAUUCUCCUGAGCAAGAGGACAUUGUGGAUGAGUUCUUUGUUGAUUCUGUUCCCGGACCACCAUGCUCACAGUCGGAUGAAGAUAAGGCUUAGUUAACGUUGUAAUAUUUCUCUCAACUCUCAACUCUCAUCUCAAGAUACUCUAUUUUGGAAGAGGCGACAACAUAAAGAGUCUCUCUAUUUUGUACCAUUCAAUACUAUGUUAAAAUGCUAUUCCUUUCAACUUUAGCAUAAUAUAUAUCACGAAUUCUGAAUCUCAAUAACAUAC